GCACGCAACGUCACCGUUUCCUAGCCGUCCAAUGAGACAGCGCCCUGUUGGCUGUUGGAAUUCCCGUCAGCCCUUCGACUGAGCGCUACGUCAGCAGUGGGGUAGAAAGAUGGCGGUGUCCAUGGACAAGUGGCUGACUGUAGCUGCCGGUUUACUAAUAUUUUGUAUAAUAUUUAAUCGCACUAAUGCAGACGUUGCGCCGGGAUCUAACGACGCUCCUCACCGCCGGUUUGAAUACAAAUACAGCUUCAAAGGACCUCAUUUAUCACAGAGCGAUGGCACUAUCCCCUUUUGGUUGCACAAUGGGAAUGCUAUUCCAAGUGCUGAUCAGGUUCGAAUCACACCAUCAUUGAGAAGUCAAAAAGGCUCAGUGUGGACAAAAAACAAAGCAGCCUUUGAAAACUGGGAAGCUGAAAUUACAUUUCGUGUUACUGGAAGAGGAAGAGUUGGAGCAGAUGGGCUUGCAAUCUGGUUCACAUCAGACCAAGGACUUGAGGGUCCAGUCUUUGGAGCAGCAGAUUCAUGGAAUGGCCUUGGAAUUUUCUUUGACUCUUUUGACAAUGAUGCAAAGAAAAAUAACCCUGCUGUUCUUAUCGUUGGUAACAACGGAAAACUUGUUUAUGACCAUCAAAAUGAUGGUUCAACCCAAGCACUGGGGUCCUGCCUAAGGGACUUCAGAAACAAGCCCUAUCCAGUCAGAGCCAAAAUCACAUACUACAAAAAGUCAUUGACGGUUUUGAUAAACAAUGGAUUUACUCCAGAUAAGGAAGAUUAUGAAUUUUGUGCCAAAGUGGACAAUAUGAUUAUUCCAGCUGAAGGUUUUUUUGGAAUUUCUGCAGCUACAGGAGGCCUUGCAGAUGACCACGACGUCUUAUCUUUCUUGACAUUCAGACUGACUGAACCUGGACAACAAGAGCCUGUUCCCGAAGCUGAGAUUCCACAAGAGGAGAAGGAAAAGUACCAAGAGGAGUUUGAACAUUUCCAGCAAGAUUUGGACAAGAAGAAACAUGAAUUCCAAAAAGAGCACCCUGACAUCCAUGGACAGCCAUCUGAAGAUAAUUAUGAAUCUGUUAAUGACCGGGAGGUCAGGCAGAUCUUUGAAAGCCAGAGUAGAAUCCACCUGGAGAUCAAACAGCUGAACAGGCAGCUGGAUAUGAUCCUGGAUGAGCAAAGGCGCUAUGUGACUGUAGUAACAGAUGAAAUCACAAAGAGAGGAGCUUUGACACCGGGCCAGCCGGGACAGGUUCCCACCGAAGAACUUGACUCUCUUGUAAAAGCACAGCAAGAGGUGCUUAGAAAUGUCAAUGAUAUGAGGAAUACAUUAACAGAGUCUCUCGGACAAAUGGGUAAUGUUCACAACCAAGGCAAUGCUGCAGGGACAUAUGAAACUGUCCAGCACUUCAAUGACAUCAAGGAACACCUUCAUGUGGUUAAGAAAGAUAUUGACCAUUUGAUACAGAGAAACAGGGGGCCAAAUGAAAAGGCGACGUGUCCAGAGCUCCCACCUUUCCCAUCCUGUUUAUCUACAACCCAUUUCUUCAUGUUUGUAGCAGUUCAGACAGUGUUGUUUAUCGGUUAUAUAAUGUAUAGGAGUCAGCAAGAAGCUGCUGCCAAGAAGUUCUUUUGAUGAAAAGCUUGUUCAUUUUUCUGUGGAAAUUAUAAAGAAAAAGAAUAUGUAAAUGAGGGAACUUUUAAGUGUUUUUUUUUUUUUUUCCAAAAAACUAAAUUAUACGCAAUAUUUUGUUUAGAUCUAAUGAGAAAUUUGAGUUAAACAAAUAUUUUUUCUUGAUAUGAUUGAUAAAAGAUGUACAUGGAGUUUUUAAUGAACAGUUGCGUGGUUAGAAGAAAUAACAUUUGUGAAUGUUUGGUCAGUGAUAUCCCAUCUUAGUUUAAAUUGGUCAUGUGUUAAACCCAGUUGCAUUACAGAGCAUUAGUAAACAUUAAACCUCAUAAAAUCUGAGUAAAGCUAAAGAAACAUCUUAGUCUUGUAAACAAACAUUUCAACAAAAUCAAUGAAUGGAAUACUGGUAUAUUGUCAGAAUGAAAGAUGUAGGAACAUACAUUCGGUAUCGAAAAUCAAUGCAUUGUUUUUUACAAGCGACAUAGUUUGCAAUAAUUCAUGGAAGGUUAGUACUGUUUAUAGACAUGUGUAUGCCUUGCUUAUUGAAAACAAACUACAAUAAAGGAUACACUUUAUACAUUUAGUGUUUUAAUAUAUAAUAUUCAAUUUAAAGCUUUGUCUUGUACACAUUAAUUAUAAAAUAGAAACAGUUUUAAAAUCGUUAUUGCUUUUUGUGAAACACUUUACAGAAGAAUAAUGGUUGCAAAUCAACAUGUUUUUGAAAUUCAAAUUCUAACGUAAUACACAAGUAUAUUGACUAAACUGUAGCUUGGAUUUGAGAUGCAAGUUUCUGUUCUUCGGGAAUUGGGUAAUAUUUUAUUUUCAUUAAUUGUUACAUGAAUAUAUUGAUUCAAGUAGACCUUGGCACUUACUUGAAGGCUCUCGGAGAGGAAGCCUGUCCUUAGAUGCUUUUUUUUUUUUUUUUGUAUAAUCAACCCAGUCCCUCAAUAAUUAUUGAUUUUCAUUCCUCUCUUAGACAUACGUGUUCGACUAUUAGAUGUAAUAAGGGUCCUAUUUCAAGGCUGGUUUCUAAAAUUACCUGAUUAAAUAACAAAGCAAAAAAAAAGUCUUUUAAAUGACGUCUUGCUGAAAACCGCAGUAUGAAUUGUACAUUGAGGACUGUUUGCCAGAAGUCAGUUUGGGGUGGCAGAGCAUUGCCUCAACCUCAGGGAGAGCAGGAAGCCCCAGUGCUGUGUUCCAUUAUAUACUGGAAUACUGCUCAUGUUGUAGGUGGAUUGUCCUGGCACAUUUUGAAUACAUUUUAUAAUGCCACUGAACAGGUUGAUGCUUCAAUUUUCAUUUAAAAUGCUAUAAUUUGUGUAUACAUUCUAGUAAACUAUUUCCCCCAAUCAUAAAUGCUUACUCUUCUAUUAACAGUAUUUCAAAGACUGUAAGGCUAUAAUUACAUGGCACUACUCAGACAAUUUUGCUUACAUGUUCUUUUCAUGCAGAAUGUUUUGGACAUUUCAAAACAAUAAACGUUUUCUACUGGGAAAUCAAAA